UUAUAAACUGGUUUCCAAUGUAAUUAGAGCAGUACAAAUAAAUGUUUUGUCAUAUGGUGGUAUAGGGCCUGAUAUACCAUGGCUGUCAGUCAAUCAGCAUUCAGGGAUUGAACCACCCAGUUUAUAAUGUGUAAUAAGGCCUUUUUUUGUGUAUGAACUUUAUACAUUAUGUGACCCUAACUUUGACAGAGCCCUUUCCUCAUUUAUUUUUAAAGUAGUAGUUCUAUUAAGUUACAAUUGACUUGGUUUUUCUCUACCAGUAUGACUUAAUAUGAAUAAGUAUACCUUUAUUUUGAAUCAGUUCUUGAAUGUAGCAGGCAGCACUGAUAUUCCGGGUGUAGCUUUUACUGCUGUGUGCCCCAAUAGGGGGGGUUACUUUAUCCCAACUAACUAGAGCAUGGAAAUCUACUUAAUGGGUGAAUUGUGUGUGCCUUGCAGUGACUUGGUUGGCUACUCACUGCUGCUUUUGAUGCCCGGGAAUCCAAGGCUGAGAAAUCUGUUUUGUUUUCCAUCAUGAAAUUAAGAUAUUCUGAGUUGAAGUUGCUGAAGGAAGUAUCUGCACAACUCCUAAAACGUGGCAUCACAACAUUUCACAGGAGAUUAUGCAAAAAUGAUGGUCUCUUCCUUGUCCACCCGGCAGUGUCCCAGGCAUUGGCAGAAAACAGAGCAGUGGUGGCACUAGAGAGCACCAUCAUCACCCAUGGCAUGCCAUACCCACACAACCUGAGCACAGCCAAAGCGGUAGAAGCCAUAGUAAGGACAGAGGGAGCCAUUCCUGCCACUGUUGGGCUGCUCCAGGGGAGGGUUCAUGUGGGGUUGUCUUCAGAAGAACUGGACUACCUAGCACGGAGUAAGACGUCGCUGAAAGUUUCCCGCCGAGACCUGCCCUACGCCAUCAGCAAGGGUCUCUGUGGUGGCACUACGGUUUCAGGCACCAUGAUAGCAGCACACAGAGCCGGUAUCCAUGUCUUUGUCACUGGGGGUGUUGGAGGAGUGCACCGAGAUGGAGAGAAUAGUAUGGAUAUCAGUGCAGAUCUGACAGAGCUAGGCAGGACUCCCAUUGCUGUGGUCUCAGCUGGAGUGAAGUCCAUUCUCGACAUAGGGCGCACCCUGGAGUACUUGGAGACACAGGGUGUGUGUGUCGCCACAUUUGGGACCUCCAUGAAUUUCCCCGCUUUCUUCUCUCCACAAAGUGGGUUUACCUCCCCUUACCAUGUCAACAAUGCUGAGGAGGCUGCAGAUCUCAUUGUGGGUAACCUGUCCCUGGGUCUACAGAGUGGCCUGCUGCUGGCUGUGCCCAUCCCUAAGGAGCAUGCAGCAGCUGGACAACAGAUUGAGAAUGCUAUACAGGCUGCACUGGCAGACGCUAAUGUUAAAGGUAUCAGAGGAAGAGAUUUGACACCCUUCGUUCUUCAAAAGGUCAACGAACUGACCCGAGGAAAGUCCCUCCAGGCUAAUAUCGCUCUCAUUCAUAAUAAUGCCAGGGUAGGCAGUCAGAUAGCCUGUGCACUGUCUAAACGAAUGCAGAAGAAGACUUGGACACCUGCUCCUCACGCAAAGGAGAGAGAGAAAGAUUCAGACUCUCAGCCAAACAUUGUUGUCAUAGGUGGUGUGAAUGUGGAUUUUAUUGCCAAGGGGAAAACAGAUAAGCUAGUGUUUGGACAGACGAAUCCUGGAAGUGUCUGCCAGUCAUUUGGUGGAGUAGGAAAGAACCUUGCUGACUCUCUGAGCAGAAUGGGCCAAAGACCUCUCUUCAUCUCAGCUAUUGGAACUGACUCUCACAGUGAUGCUGUGCUGAACUACUGUCGGCACAUGAACACCAGUGGUGUUGCUGUACUUAAGGAGCAGCGGACCGCCACUUAUUGUGCCGUAAUCACUGAGAGCGGGGAUCUGAGUCUGGGAUUAGGCGACAUGGACAUUCACCAGCAAAUCACAGAGCAGUAUGUGUCCCAGUUUGAGGAGAAGCUCUCAGCAGCCUCUCUCAUGUGUCUGGACGGCAAUAUACCCGUCUCCACCAUCAACUAUGUUUGCUCUGUCGCCAAGAGGCAUGCAGUGCCAGUGUGGUAUGAGCCAACUGAUUGUGACAAGGCCUGCAAGCCUUUCCUGUCAGACAGCUGGAAAGCCCUGGCCUACACCUCCCCCAACCUGGCUGAGCUGUGUACCAUGAACAAGGCAUUGGGCCUCCUGACACCUGCAGUGCUGCCUAGCUCUGUGGAGGAAGUGCUGAGCUGUGCCAUGGCUCUCGCACGCCCCCUGCUGGACCACCUGCAGUGUGUUGUGGUGACCCUGGGGGCCAUGGGAGUGCUGCUGUGUGGAGAACAUAACGCUGGGUCUGUAGACCUGCAGCCUAGGAGAGGAACAAGGAAGGGUCGGCUAUGUGCCGUCCACUACUCUGCUCUGGCUCAGACCGCAGCCGAAACGGUGAAUGUCUCAGGAGCCGGAGAUAGUCUUGCAGGUGGGAUAUUGGCUGGUAUGUUCCAGAGCAGAGACACUCACAGCUGUGUUAGGAUGGGGCUCCUGGCAGCACGCCUGUCACUGGCCUCCCCACAUCCCGUCUGCACCACUCUGACCACAGACUCUGUGGACCCAAACAAGUUCCAACCAGCCCAAUCGUGGCCUCAACCCAACCUCCUGUGGAUGGAGGAAUGAAGAAAGAUCCAUUACUAUUAUGUUAUUAUCUUGUUCAACCAUCAACAUAACUUUUCAAUGUUUAGUUCAGGGGUGUCAAAAUCAUUUUAUUCAAUGGGCUGCAUCGAGGUCCAGAGAGCUGCACUGAAAAUUGGUUAUAUUUCAUCGCUGUCAAAAUUUGCUAAAUAUUGUCCAUCGUUUUGGGAAUUUAUUAUCUUUAUUUUACUAGGCAAAUCAGUUAAGAACAAAUUCUUAUUUUCAAUGAUGGCCUAGGAACAGUGGGUUAACUGCCUGUUCAGGGGCAGAACGACAGAUUUGUACCUUGUCAGCUGGGGAGGUUAGAACUUGUAACCUUCUGGUACUAGUCCAACUCUCUAACCACUAGGCCACCCUGCCACCCAAUUAUGCUCCCUGACUGUCUAGCAUUCCAUUAUGUGAUUGUUUGACACCCCUGAUGCUGUUCAUUUGUAUACAUUUUGUCAUAAUUUUCAAUAAAAUACUUUAAUGCUUCGA